AGCACAUAAAUGGACAGGGAAAGAGAGAUAGAGGGAUCGAUGCUUCUGUGGCAACAAUGGUUUUGGUUUUCGAACGUGACAGAAAGAGAAAUGAGAAGCAGCUUGGGUAGAUGGGGAAGGCAUCAAUUGCACUAGUGAAGGGAAGCAAGGAAAAGCUAUGUUUAAGUAAAGAGUGGGUAUGGAUUUGUAGGAGGUGCAGCAGGCGCACAUUAGCCUUGAGUAUAGAGAGAGGGAGAGAGAAGGGAGACCGUGUCCGUGUGUGUGUGUGUCAAAGAGGGGGAGAGAAAGAGAGACUGACACACACCAACAGGACAAGUAAUGUGCUGUGGAGUGUGGACCAAACAUUUUUACCUUUACUUGCUUCUACGGCCGACCUCUCUUUGUUCUUUUCUUUUUUCCUCUCUCUCUCGCUCUCAGUUUCUGCCUUUGCAUCUUUUCUUUCGGUUGGGUUGGGCUGGGUUAGACUUAGAGAGAGCUCAUUCAGUGUGUUUAAUCUUUAAUGGUGGUUAUUGCAUUUGACGCAAUGUAUCUGCUUAAUUGAGGAUUUAUGAUUGUGGGGAGGAUUCCAGGCAAGCAAAGCAACGUCGCAUCACCUCUCCCUUAGGGUAUGUUAAAGCGAUACUAGUGUGUUCACAAGAUAACAAAUACAAGCGCAAUAAUUAGGGAUGGGACCAGCUUGCAGGGCGUGGGGAAAGGAUGAACAUGACCUUGUCGGUGGUUUUGCAGAGAACCCCCGCUUAAUCUAGUCAGUCUCGCACAGUCUUAUUUCCUGUCCAUCACAAGCAACCAACCUGUUGCUUGUUGGAUUUAGACGGGCGGUAGGAAGCACCAAGCAAAUUCCUCUCUCUCUCUCUCUCUCUUGGUAAUUUGCGCGAUGCCUGCAUAAAUGCAACUCAGGAGAUGUUUAUGGCUUUUGAUGGCUAGGGUGGGUUUUCACUUACAACUCCUCUCACCCUUCCUUUCUUUCUCAAAUCUCGACUGUGGAUAUUAUAACUUAUUAGUGAGGCAUCUCUCCCCAUCUCUAGCUACCAACUGCUCGAUUACUUGCUUACUUCUUGGGAAAGGGGUUGAGUUAGCGAAAUGGGUUGGUGGAUUUAGCAUCCACAAAGCCAAAAUUAACCCAAAAGUUUAGGAAGAGAAGAAAUAUAACUAGUUUAUUUGGUUGAUUAUCUGUUUGAUUAGUUUCUGUGGGAGAUUAGAUGAGCUUGCGUGCGGAAGAUAAAGGAUCAAUGGGUUGAGCCGGAUGCAUGAAGACGAUGGUAGAAUCAGAGAGAGCAAAAAAAGCAAAGAUCUUUUUAUAAAAGAAAAUUAAGGGAGAAAGAAAUUGGGUUUACUGUAGAUUUAAUGGAUUUGAGAGGGCAGGACAAAGAGAGAGGAAUGCCAAGUUCUUUGGGUUAUAAUCCUCCCAUUCGGGAAUCAUCCUCAAAGGUCUCCUCUCAUCCAGUUAUUUCAACAGGACUGGUAGGAGGAGAAAGAAGAAGAGAUGGGACUGGGAACGGGACAGCGAUCCUUAACCCGUCUCAAACUCAAACCCUAGAUCAUCUUCAACAACAUCAUCACCACCGUCUCCAUCAACCACAAGGGCAUGGAAGAAAUCCAGACCCAGCAGAUUCAGAUCCAGUUCCGGUCGCAAUUGCAGUUAGUGGUGCAACAAGUGCACCAGUUGCAGGUGGAUCCAACUCAGCAAGGACAACACCACCGCCCCCUCCUCUUCCUCCUCCUCCAACAACGGCCACUAUAUCAACAACUACCAAAAGUACUGCUACUGCUGUUCGAUAUCGAGAAUGCCUCAAGAACCAUGCGGCAAGCAUUGGCGGACAUGUUGUCGAUGGCUGCGGCGAAUUCAUGCCGAGCGGCGAGGAAGGGACCCCAGAGGCCCUAAAAUGCGCCGCAUGCGACUGUCACAGGAACUUCCACCGGAAAGAGAUGGAGGGGGAGUCCCAAUCGGGGGCGAAUUGUUAUUACUACCAUAACAAGAACUACGACGGCAGCAGAAGUAGGAUCCCACCUCCCCAACCCCAACUACCUCCUCCACCUCUUCAACAACACCAAAAAUUCCAACUCGGGUUACCUACCAGUCCGUCACCGGGAUCAAUUCCUCCCAUGAUGAUGAUGGCCUUCGGAGGCGGUGGUGGAAUUGGUGGCGGAGCAACUGAAUCGUCAAGCGAGGACCUCAAUGCGUACCAGUCCAGUGCACCUGGGGGAGCAACACAGCCUCCGCAACCAUUGUCGCUAUCAAAAAAGAGGUUUCGGACGAAAUUCACGCAAGAGCAGAAAGACAGGAUGUUGGAGUUCGCCGAGAAGAUUGGGUGGAAAAUCCAGAAGCAAGAUGAACCGGAAGUCCAGCAGUUUUGUGCUGAGGUCGGUGUUAAGAGGCAGGUCCUCAAGGUUUGGAUGCACAACAAUAAGCACUCCAUGAAGAAGAAGCAACUGUAAGACGAAAUGCAUCAGUUUAGGAUUUACACACAUGGGUAGGUAGAUAGAUAGAUAGGCGAUCACUAGCAUCAUAGAUAGAUAGACGGAUGUAUGCAGAGAGAGAGAGAGGGAGAGAGAGCACACCUUUCUUAUCAGCAUCGACUUGUAUUUUUUUUUUUUUUAUUUUGAUUUAUAUAUAUGUUGAACCAUAUAUUUAUCUCGCCAUUUCUCUCUUCCAAUUGUUUUAGCUUACACUCUUGAUAGUAAGAAAAACACUGAAAUCUGAAAGUCCAUCUCGUGUCUAUUUCUUUUUCUUCAUCUCUAGUGAUGCUGGUGGACUGGUUAUUUUAGAGGUGUGAAGGGUUGUAAAACUUUUGCUUCUGUGAAUCCCAUCUCACCUUCGAUGACCUGA